GAGAGCCCAGCCCCAACUUCCUCCUGCUGGGGCACAGGAUACUGGGGGACAACUUCCUUGGCCGGGGGGGAACCAUGAGAGGCAUCCAUCUCCUCCUGCUGGCCCUCCUGCUGCGCUCGGAGCUCGCCCUGAGCCUUAGGUGCUACUUCUGCGUUGAUAUGAACAACAGUCCAUGCCAGCCCUUCCAGUGUCAGAUACACAAUGUCUGCUACACCGGUAAUCUGACUUUGACCACGGAGGAUGGAACCCAGGUGAAGUACCAGCAGAAGGGGUGUGCCCCCUCCUGUAAGGAAGUUUCUAGUAUAUUGAAGCAGAUUUCGGAGAUAAGCGGCCCGGGGAAUCCAGGCCUGCUGGGCCUAGUUAAGCUUGAAGUGCAGGGUUUGAUGUGCUGUGAUAAGGACCUCUGUAAUGGGGGUGCACAGCUCCUGGGUCCUGGCGGGGGGCUCCUGCUCAGCCUAGGGCCCGUCUUCCUCUGGGCCCUGCUGUGACCAGCCCUGACCCCAGCACAGGGCCUCGUUCUGAACAGAGUCUCAGGUGGCAGGCACGUGAAGCAAGCUCGCUGUCCCACCCACGCACACAUACAUACAUACAUACCCACACGCCUGGGCACACACAUGCACACGCAUGCACCUGCACGCGCAGACCCCACAGA